CUGCCCGUCGGUCCCUGAGACGGCGCGGCUGCGAUGGCUUCUCGGCGGCGGCAGGAGGAGAUCCUCCGCCUCCACAGCUUCCUCCUGCAAGCAUCUGAGGAAAGAAAGCAGAAUAAUAGCUCAGGACCUUUUACUUUCGAGACUGAUCUGCGAGUCCAUUUGAUCGAUGAAGGCAAUACAAAUCCCUUAGAAAAACUCUGGGACCGAAGUGGGGUUUUUUUUGUUGUGGAGAAAAUGCAGCCAUAUGAAGAAGCCAGUAGAUUGGAAGAAAGGCAGAAUGGUGAAUCUUCAGCUUCUGAGGUUUUCCCAGAAGAGAAUUUAUCAGCAUCUCCUCUAACCCUUUCAAGAGCAAGGCAGCUGAUUUCUUUCUACACAAUGUCUCAAAAUCCAAACAUGAAACAUUUACAAAUAAACGAUGCAGCACAGCUUCCUCCACUUUGGGUGCGAUGUGAUCCCACUGACCCAGAACAAACUAUUUGGCUUGGAGCUGAACCUUUGAGAAACGGAAAUAAUCUUACGGGGAUCAGGCUUCAUACGGUUACUUGCAAUGGUCCUCUGUCAAAUAAUAAUUAUUCUAUAGGCUUGGAAGAACUGAAAGAAAGUCACAGAAUGAGACAUCAUGCUUCAGAUUUGAUAAUAACAGGCUUUGCCCGUUAUGAAUUCCUUGAAGCCACUUCACCAGACUCCUUGUCUCAGGAGGAUUCCCUUAUUCCACUGGAGAGAAAUAUAUAUGCGGAUUUUGCUUGGGAUGGGGUAAAAAUGAUGCUGCAGAGACCUCCACUUUCCUCUGCUGCUCUGCUGACCCUCCAAAUGGCAUCUGGGAGCCCCCUGAGUUCUGUGUAUGAGCCAAACAGAGAAUUGCAGUUCCUCCUUAGUUUGGCCGAACGCUUGAAGAAUGCACUAACCGAGUGGCCGAAGGCCCUGAGGAAAAAGUCUGCCGUUGACCUAGUACAGAAACUUUUGAAAGAUUUAAAGGAUGAAGUAGAUGGACUGAAGUCACCAAAUGAAGAUGAUACUGAGGAUAACACUGCUACAGUUAUUGAUUCCAUGAAAAUGCUUUUUAGUCAGCGCAGAGACUUUGAUUUCCUUGAACUGCUGUGGUGUAAUAUAUGGAGAAAUGUUGCUUCAUAUGAGGAACUGGUGAAGUGUUUUUCAUUGGUAAUGAGAGCCCUUCAGCAUGGGGAAUUGCAGACAUGGAUUCAUCAAGAAAGCAACAGCUUACUGAGCAAAUUGAUAAAGCAAUCUUACCAUGGAAAGAUGGAGACAGUUUCUCUUGAUGGAGAUUCUCUUGUGCAAAUGCUUCUAGAAAUCGGCGUGGAUAAAAUGAAGAGAGAUUAUAUCAGCUAUUUUGUGGGCAAAGAGUUUGCAAUACGCACUCAUUUGGACUAUUUCAUGUCUACUUCAGUAGAUCUGCAGGAACAGGUUCAUCGUAUUCAGAAGCUGCACCAUAUGUUGGAAAUUGUGGACAACUGUGUAGAUCUUCUCAAACUAGAACACAAGAACCUCAUCAUUUUGACACAAUCCUGUAUCAACUACUAUAAAGAAAACCCCCUAAAUGAAAAGCAUGCAUUUCAGCUCCCAGUCAGGACAAGUUUGGUGAAGCAAUUUUACCAAAAUGCUCACCCCCAGAUAUGGAGAGUGGAAAUCAGCAGUGGGCAAGGAGCAAAAAAGGUGAAAACAGUAUGGCAGUAUAGCACCGCCCCUCCAGCUGAACACAUGCACCCGACCAAUGGGGAUUCACUGGAUGAUACCGAAACCUGUGGCAACAAAGAGGAGAAGCAUUUUAUCACUCUUUCUGAGAGCUCUCAGGUGGACUUCAUCUAAAUAUAUGCAACUCUGAUCUUUUUAUUGACCCAGAAAGAGUUUUGUUAUAGUUCUUACUGCAUGGGUUGAAAUGCUUUACCUGAGGACAUGUUUAAGGCAAAAGUGCAUUUUAGCGUAGAGCAGAAUCUUUUGCUGGAGGAUCACCUAUUUCUUUUCUCUAAAUGUGAUGCAGCAUCUAUAGCAGACUUUCCCAAUCCUGUGCCGUCCAGGAUUACUUGACUACGAUGGGUGUUAUUUCCAACUAACGAAUGCUUUGGCCACUCUGGAGGACCCAAGGGUGGGGGAAACCAUCCUAUUCUACAUCAGGAUUGUUUUUACCCAUAGUAUGUUAGGUCAGGAUUGGGGAAGCUGUGGAGCAUCUGUAGGAAAGUGGGAACAGGUUAGGAGAUGAUGAUUGACUGGCAGUAAAAAUGAAAUUAUCUGUGGGCAUACCUGAGUUCCAAAGAUCUCAGUACUUUGUUUUUGUAGCCCUGUUAAAAAAAGUGUCGUGUUGGUUUUUGAACUAACCUGAAAUCAACAAAUUCCUGACCCAGGAUCUUGGAAAGACCUUUCUUCCUAACAAAUGCUCCAGGAGAAGGUGGCCUUCCUGCCAAAUUAUCCAGUUCAGAAUUCAGACUGAUGGAGUUCUGGAUUGAAUAAUUUGUGGAGCUUUGCACUUUAGAAAUCAUUUCAGAAGCCUGUCUCAGAGUUGGAAUACAGGCAUCUUUACCCAUUCUCUUGAGAAAGGAAAACUGAAAUGCGUCAUCCCAACAGUUAUGAUGCCAUCAAACUAACUUACCUUAUUGUUGGUUGAAGAAUUUGAUUAGGAUGAAGCUUGCAACUCUGGCCAUCUGUUUCUUUUUAGAUAUUACUUUUAAAUAUUUCAUUUAUAUUCAGCUUUUGUUGACUUUGAGA